CUCAAUUAUUGAACUCUUCUAUUUUAAAAAGCUGAUUCAGAGUUGCAGAAGGGGAUCUGACGGGGGGGAGAAAAAACCUGACGCUGCUGCAGCUGCUCCAAGAGGCUUCCAUGGUGGAAAAUUUCCAAUUUCCACCAUCCAAUCCAUCAUUUCUCUCUUCUAUGAUGUAUAUGUGUAGUUAAAACUCCAUUUCACUGGGGUUGAGAGUAAAUUUCUGAACUCUUUGUAAUUUCUCUAUUAAUGCAUGAUCUUGUAUGAAUUUUGUGUUCUAUCCUUAUUUUUCAUGCUUUUGAUGGAAAUCUGAGCUAUUUGAACGGUUAAAUCAUUGGAAAAUGUAUGAGACCGCGGACCUAGGAUAGAACUGCUAAAGGAUUUCGAGUCCUAGACAUAGGAGGGAAUUUUUAGUCAUCUGUGACAUUGUGUUUAAGGCAAAUCUGAUAAUUGAAUUAGCUAAGGAAUUAGCAAUUUAGUUUGAUUGAUUAAGAACUGUCUCUGAGGAAUCAGGACUGCAUGCGCCUAGGAUGUCGAUGCUUAAUUUUGAGAAAUUGUGUUAGUAGAAAAUUACCGGAGUGAUGAACUUGAAUUUCAACCCCAGUGAACUUUAAUUCAUCUGUUUUUACCACUUUAAUUUCAUCUGUAUGCAAAUCUUACUUGUGUUGUAAAAUUAAUCGCUAAAUUAGUAAACUUUAAUCAAUCUGUGAAUCAAAACAAAUCCCUUGGGAAAACGAUAUUCGGACUUACUGAUUUAUUACUUGAACGAUCCGGUACGCUUGCCGAGGUCUCAACAAAGACGAGGUCAUGUUUCCCAAUAUCAUCCUUGUUUGGAUCAAUGCCUGUAGCCUUCAUAAACCUUAUGAUCUAAACACGUUGAAGCUGAUGAACUCUUGUGCUGUUGAAAUUCUUGAAGAGUAUGCAGAUGUAGUCUUUGCAUAUGGAUUUAGCGAUGAGUAUACUUUUGUAUUGAAGAAGACCUCCAAGUUUUAUGAAAGGCGUGCUAGCAAAGUGUUAUCCAUCAUUACUUCAUUUUUCUCCUCUGUUUUUGUGAGAAAAUGGGGUGAAUUCUUUCCGCACAAGGAACUGCAAAGUCCUCCUUCCGUCCAUGGGCGAGUCAUACCUUGUGCGUCCACAGAAGCCCUUCAAGCUUAUCUUUUGUGGCGGCAGAAUAUUUGUCAUUUGAGUAAUCAACAUGAACAAUGCCUUUGGCGUCUUGUUGAACGUGGAAUGAAUGAGAAGGAAGCAUGGGAUUUUAUCAAGGGUUUUGACAAAAGUGAUCUAAACAAUCUUUUAUUCGAUGAGUUCAAUGUCAAUUACAAUACACUAGAGCCAAUAUUCCGACAAGGUUCUUGUCUUCUGAAGACAGUGGUAGAGGAUGUUGUGAAAUACACAGAUAAUGGUGCUCCAAUUAAAAGGCACAGACGGAAGAUAAUCCCUGUGCAUUCCAAGAAAAUAGCUGGUAAGAGAUUUUGGAAUGAGCAUAUCCUUCUUUUGAAGGAACUUGGUGGUUUUAUUGAAGAGAUUAACAAUGUGACUCCAGAGUAUGUGAGAUCCUUUGAGUUUGAUAGCAAAUUGAUGCCAUCUACAUGGAUUGUAGUUCGAAUAGAUGGAUGCCACUUCCACAUAUUUUCUGAGGUACAUGAAUUUGUGAAGCCAAAUGAUGAUAGAGCCCUUAACCUGAUGAAUUUGUGUGCAGUUGCUGUCUUAGAAAAGUUUUGGGAGGAUAUAGUCUUUGCCUAUGGGGUUAGUGAUGAGUACAGUUUUAUUAUUAAGAAAACCUGUAAUCUUUACCAAAGGAGAGCUAAUAAAAUGGUUUCAGCAAUUGUGUCUUUCUUCACAUCCACUUAUGUGAUGAGAUGGAAUGAGUUCUUCCCACAAAGCGAGUUAAAAUACCCUCCUUCCUUUGAUGGGCGAGCAGUGUGCUAUCCAUCUACUGAGAUUCUAAGGGACUACCUUUCAUGGAGACAGGUGGAUUGCCACAUCAACAAUCAAUAUAACUCUUGUUUCUGGAAGCUAGUUGCAUCUGGAAAAAGCAAAAGGGAAGCUCAGAAUAGUUUAAAGGGUGGUUAGUUGCAAAAGAAAAUUGAAGAAUUGGCUAUUGACUACAAUAAAUUACCAGUCAUGUUCCGACAAGGAUCCUCAGUUUAUAGGGACAAAGUAGACACUGUUCCAACUCACGAGGAGAAUGGUAACUCUUUUGAAAGUAAAGGAAAGGUCAUUGUAGAACAUGUUGACAUUAUUGGACCAACCUUUUGGUUGGAACACCUAAACAUCCUUGAUGAAUAGGUGCAUGUGUAGCCAUUGAGUCUCCAAAUUAAAUUUUACUUUAUUUAUUGUUGAUGGAAAUUUUUACUGGUUUUGUUUCACGUUCUAGGUUUUAUAUUUAUAUUUUCUCAUUUAAUUUGCUUGAAA